UAAAGACUAGAACUCUCUCGUUAGAGUGAGUAUUCGAGUCGAGUACAUCUAAUCCCCAAAAAAUACAGCAUUCGUCGUGGUACAAAUCGCGCCGGGGACCCUGCAUAAACAAACCUACCCCACCAAUCUCUCCAUUCACUCUCCCCUGCAUCCACCACCCCGAUCCCCACCAAACACCAGCGCCGCCAACAUGUCCGACAUCCACCGCGCCAGCACCACGGCCCCCGUCAACAUCGCCGUCAUCAAGUACUGGGGGAAGCGCGACCCCAAGCUCAACCUCCCCACCAACUCGUCCCUCAGCGUCACCCUUGCCCAGUCCGACCUGCGCACCCACACCACCGCCUCGUGCUCGUCCUCGUACCCCGCCGCCGACUCGCUCCUGCUGAACGGCGAGUCGCAAGAUGUGUCUGGCGCGCGAACCCAGGCCUGCUUCCGCGAGCUCAGGGCGCUGAGGAAGAAGGUCGAGGAGCAGGAUUCGAGCUUGCCCAAGCUGGCCGACUUGCCGCUGAGGAUUGUGUCCGAGAACAACUUCCCCACUGCUGCGGGCCUGGCUAGCAGUGCGGCUGGCUUCGCUGCGCUGGUCAGGGCUAUCGCCAAUCUGUACGAGCUGCCGUCUUCGCCUACGGAUCUGUCACGUAUUGCGCGACAGGGCUCUGGCUCGGCGUGCAGGAGUCUGUUUGGCGGGUACGUGGGCUGGGAACAGGGCGCUGCUGCCGACGGCUCAGAUAGUCAGGCAUUCGAGGUCGCUCCCGCAAGCCACUGGCCGAGCAUGCGCGCCGUCAUCCUCGUCGUCAGUGCGGCGAAGAAGGGCGUGUCGAGCACGACGGGCAUGCAGACGACUGUUGCCACGUCCUCGCUGUUUGCGUCGCGCGCCAGCGACACAGUGCCCAGGCGCAUGAAGGAGAUGCAGCAGGCGAUCCAGGCCAAGGACUUUGAGGCGUUUGGUAAAAUCACCAUGAUGGACAGCAACUCGUUCCACGCCACCUGCCUCGACACCUUCCCGCCCAUCUUCUACCUCAACGACGUGUCCCGCGCUGCUAUCAAGGUCGUCGAGUCCAUCAACGCGGCUGCAGGCAAGAUCAUCGCGGCGUACACCUUCGACGCCGGCCCAAAUGCCGUCGUCUACUACCUCGAGGAGAACGAGAAGCAGGUUGCAGGCCUGUUCAAGCUCAUCUUGGUCGAGAAGGACGGCUGGGCUGGAGAGAGGGGUGCUGCCGUGCAGGCUAGUCCCGAGGCGUUGGAGAAGGUCAAGGGCGAGGCGGGGGUGGCUAUUACUGUGUUGGAGGAGGGCGUCAGCAGGGUUAUUCUCACGGGCGUUGGGGAGGGUCCUGUCCGGACAGAGGAGAGUCUUAUCGAUGAGAAGGGCGAGCCUGUCGUGAGUGCGUGAUCAUGAUUCGAUACCCGCGAAUGGAGUUGUUAUUUCGACUGCAUGAGACAUGCAUCAAGUCAUAUUCAACAUGAUGAAAAGCUGUUCAAGCGUCAGUCGCCACUGCAUCUUCCAUGCUCUGGGUCUGAAGAGAAGGCGUGGAUGAGAUUUGUAUUAGAGUAAACGAGAACGCCAUAUGCAGCGCCAUGGUAUAAAUGUCCCCC